AUGGCAACAUAUUUAAAGAUGGCAUUUUAUUUUACUCUUAUUGGAGCACUUUUCAUACAUUUUAUGUCUUACAAUCCACUAUUAACAUAUACGUUACGUUAUAAAAAAAUGUCUGCGCAUGGCAAUAUCACAGGGUAUUUUACAAUCGACCAAUACAAAGAUACGCAAUAUAUAAAUGGAAAUGUUACAAUCCAUUCAAAACUAAUAGUCGAUACAGUUAUCGGAAUUUUCUAUCGUUGUGACCCUGAAGGCAUUAACUGUGAAUACUUUCAAACUUGGAAAUUAACAGAUAUCUGUCCAAAAUUAAAGGACAAGAACCAAAUAUGGUCCCGUUGGUAUAGUUCGUUUGAUCCACCUAUGAUUUGUCCAUUAGAUAAAACAAAUUAUCAAUUGAAAAACGCAACAUAUGAUAUCGACCAAGGUGUUCGGUGGUAUUCUGAUGUAACUAACUAUUAUUGGAAAGUAACACAAAAAAUGUAUGCUGGUGAUGUAUACAUCGGUAGUUAUAUCUUCGAAGUUUCAAUAUUCGGUUAUAGAAAAAAACUCAAACCGUUAUUUAAAUAAUUAUUAUUAAUUAUUCUAACGUAAAUAUAAAUAAUAAAUAUACCUUGUAAGUAAUACAUUAUUGUAAUAAUAAUAUUAUUAUUAUUUCAACUUAUUUAUUUAAAAAACUAUCGCCGAAUAUGCGGUCUACAGUAGUAAACAUUACAGUAUACUAUAGUACACUGUACUAUUCUACAGUACUGACCAACAGAACAGUAGGAAGCUACCUACAUUUUAUAAAAAGAAAACAUAUGACUGAAAAUUUAUCGUACUUUUCCUCGGUUAUUUCUUUUAAACAGUUUUACAUCACUACUAAAUUUGUGGCAUUGUAUUUCACAAGGUAACAGGCCAUAAUCUUAUAAGUAUUUAACUGUGGGUUCUUCAGUCAAAAGAAUGUUAUAAAAUUCUUUUACAAGCAUUUUAAAAAAUUGUCUAUAAAUUAUAAUUUUUUAUACUAUUCAGUUCAAUACAUCACAAAUUAUACUUAACCAUCUAAAUUAUUUUUAUGCUGACAGUAAGUAGUAACCUCUAAUCUCCACAUGGCUUGCAACGUAAAUUGUGAUAUUAUAUUAUUAGUCUUAUCAAUGAUAGGUUUUAGAAGUAUAAAGAUAAAAUUAAUAACAAUUCAAAUAAUAGUAUGAAAUACCAGGACAAGCAGUAUAUCUAUGGUAGAACAGAAAACAUUAGUAGGUAUACCGCAUAUUAGAAGAUUUAAAAAAUUUAUAAAUUGUCAUAUUAUAUUAUACAUGAAGUAUAAAAGUUU